AUGAGCCCAUCCUUCGAAUUCGAUAUCUCCCCAGAGAAGGAGGCAAGCAUAAGGCAAUACCUUUACCGCCAAUUAUUUGUCACUCCUCAAGUAGUCUCACGUAGCGAUGUCGACUUGAGCGGAAAGACAGCUAUAGUCACGGGUUCCAACGUUGGCCUUGGUCUAGAAUGCGCUCGCCAACUCCUGGACCUUGGAUUAAGCAAGCUAAUUCUUGCUGUACGCGAUGAAUCAAAGGGCGAGACAGCCCGCACACUUCUCCUUAAAGGCCGGAGCCUUGACGCCAGUGCCAUUGAGGUUUGGAAGCUCGAUCUUUCCAGCUAUGACUCUGUCGCCAAAUUUGCCGAGCGUGCUAGCACCCUAGAGCACCUCGAUAUUGCCAUGCUGAACGCUGGUGUCUACAAACUGGAACUGACUAUCAAUCCAAAAACUGGCUUUGAGGAGGUUGUCCAGGUGAAUUACUUGUCCACUGCUCUCCUGACCCUCCUGCUACUCCCCAUUAUGAACACCAAGAAAUCGGGUACGGCACCUGGCCGGAUCACCAUUGUCUCGUCAGACACAGCUGCCUGGGCCAAGUUCCUAGAGAAAAAAUCGGACCCGCUGCUGAAGGCCUUCAAGACAAACGAGCUUAAAUGGAACUUUCAAGAGCGCUACUCGACUUCGAAGCUGCUAGGCCAGCUAUUCCUGUUCCAGCUGGCAAAGCAUGUCGCUCCAUCUGCCGUCACCGUCGACGCAGUCAACCCGGGCUUCUGUUACGGAUCUGGCUUGCAGCGCGAUGGUAAUGGUACAGCUCUAGGCUUCAUCGUGCGCGUUUUCACACGUAUCCUGGGUCGACCUAUCACUAUUGGCGCCCGUCCUUUGACUGCUGCUGCUGUCAAAUUCGGACAUGAGGUCCACGGACAAUACGUUGAAGAUUGCAGGAUACGACCAAUGGCGCCUAUGAUAUACACACCUGAAGGAGAGCGUAUUGCCAAGAAACUAUGGGAUGAGCUAAUGGAUGAGCUUUCUUUCGCAGGCGUCCGAGAUAUCGUUAGUGCACUUGAGAAGCAGGCGUAA